UAUGAAGUGCUUUUUGAAAAGUCAAAUUAACUAUCCAUUAACUUUUCAUAGCAAUGAGGAUAUAAUUACUGUUAUUUUAACUGAUAAAAAGCUUGGAAUUUGUGGUAGUGAAACAAUCUAUACUGAACAUCAUUUAGAAUGUUUAGAAUUUCUAUGGAAAAAGCAUGGAUGCUCUAAUUUUGGAUUAAAAUUUUCUGAAAAUCUACCAAAAUGGAUGUCUAACAUGACUACAAAAGAAAUUGAAGACGAUAUGAUAAAUGUUCUGUUACCACCAACCUUUUACAUAAAUACAAAUGUUCAACCUAAUAAUUCAAGAUGGUAUCGUUACAGCUGCUUUGGACCUGGUUCAAAGGGUCAUUACAACAUAGCAGCUUUUAAAGAUACUAUAGUAUCGAAUCUUAUUUCUCAAGACGAUUUGUAUCAUCAUUCUCAUGUCGUUGAUGGAACUUCACUUAGCGAUAUUAAUUUAGGGAGUUGUACCAGAAUGCCGUCUUCUAACCCUUGGAUUGCCAUUGAUUUAAGAGAAAUAUACGAUAUAAGAACGAUUGAAAUCAUUCCACCGAAUUGCUGCAGUCAAAAUCAAACUAUUAGCGUCUACGCCUUUAGUACAGAUAAAUUUGUACUCAACGAUACAGUAUAUGAAAACGAAAUUUGCGAUUAUGAUAUUGAUUUAUUAACUGGAUAUGAGAGAAGAGUUAUUGAAUGUUUACCAAACUUAAAAGGGGGACGUUUCGUUAAAAUUCAAGAAGAAUCAAACAAUAGCUUAACGUUAUGCGAAAUUUAUAUAUAUACAAGCGAUCUAGCUUUAGGUCAACCUUCAUACUCUUCGAGCUCUCUCGAUGAAACAUCCUACCCUGGUGCAGCUGUUAGUGAAUAUUAUAAAUUGGGAGAAUGCUUUGUUUCCAUUGUGGAAGAAAGUCAUCAAUGGUUAUCUGUUUAUUUAGGUGGAUUCUAUCUUAUUAGAAGUGCCGCUCUACUAACAAAAAGUUUGCAUGACUUGGAAAUUUUUCUAACAAGACAACAUCCUGGUCUAUUUUGGCCUCCUUUAGAGAGAGUUCUAUGCAAUAAACUAAAGAAUAUAUCUGAAACUAAUUUUCCAUACAUGGUUAUUUGUUUAGAGGAAGCGACUGGUGAAUUUAUAGUUGUUUAUAGUUUAAAGGACUUGCAUGUUUGUCAACUACAAGUUUGGGGUGAGAAGUUAACUAAAUCAGGAGAGAAUACAAAAAAUAUUGCCUUGCAUAGACCAGUAGCGCUAUCUAGCGUACAUGACCAGAAAUAUUCUCUGAGCUACUUUGCAACGGAUGGAUUAUCUGAUUCAAAUAUGGCAGCUACUGCUCAAGAAGAUAAUCCAUGGAUAAGCGUUGAUCUCUUGAGGGUUUAUUCCGUUAAAAAUAUAGGUAUACUUAUUAGGGCGGCAAAAUCGGGUGAGGAAUGGUUUUUGCAUAAAUCUAUUACUUUAUGA